UAAGAAAACACUUCCGGGUGUCUUUGACGCUUCCUUUAAGUUGGUAGCUUUUUUUUGUUAAAGCGGUUUAAGUUUGGUUUGUUUUGUUAAAUAAAUAUGAAAAGAUAACAGAUAGAAGACGGAAGAAGAAACACGGACCGUUAAAAGAAGAAGGAAGUUUGUUUUUAACGCCCUGAAGGAGUGAGUAGAAGAUGAUGGAGGAGGUGGAGCAGAGAGGAGGAGCACAGGAGGGGGAAGAGGACGCUCAUCCCACGGACGCUAACAGUAACUGCAACCACGCAGACAACAAUGUCACUUCCUGUCCAGCUGAGGCCCCGCCAGUGUUCAGCUUUGAAAGGACCCCUCAGAAAAACGAUCCUGUGGUUAUUCAAGGAAACAACAAGAACCCGGCCACUGAGAAGCUGGAAAGAGUCCGCAAGUGGAGCAUCACCAGAUACAAGUGCACAAGGCAGGCUCUUUCGGAGAAACUGGGUCGUGGUUCUCGGACUGUGGAUCUGGAUCUGGAGCCUCGGCUGGAGCUUCUGAAGGACGACCGGCAGCGCUACGAUCACAUGACCAAGCUCGCCCAGACGCUGGCCAAUCAGCUCACUCAGUUCUCCGUUACCCAGAAGACACUGGGGGACGCCUUCGCCGAUCUCAGCGUCAAAACACCAACGCUGCACGUGGAGUUCGGUCUGAACGCCGAGGCUCAGAGGUUUCUGUCGAAGAGCAACGAGACGCUGACGACGGCCGUGAACGUUUUCACCUCCGACAUGAACACGCUGGUGAACAAAACCAUCGAGGACACCAUGAUCAACGCCAAGCAGUACGAGGCCGGCAGGAUCCAGUACGAUGCGUACCGUGUGGAUCUGGAGGAGCUGAACCUCGGACCCCGAGACCCUGAAACUCUUCCCAAACUGGAGCAGGCGCAGAGAGACUUCCAGAACCAGAGGGAGCAGUACCAGAGGAUCAGAGAGGACCUGUCCGUCAAAGUGAAGCUGCUGCAGGAGAACAAGGUGAAGGUCCUCCACCAGCAGCUGUUUCUGCUUCACAGCGCCGUCGCCGCUCACAGUUUAUCGUGUCAGAAUUUCCUCCAAAAAAACGUCCAGCAGGUCAGUGAACGCCUCACGAACCCAGCUGUCGACGCUCCGUCCUGGUUGGAGGAGAGCUGACGACACGGAAAAACCAAAAAGAAUCAGCCUCGAGCUCGGGUGUUUUUGGGAUUAAUGGAGUGAAGACGCUCGGUGGAUUUGGGAGAGUCAGGUUGGGUUUGAUUUCAGACCUCUGGGAAACUCUGGAUAAAUAAAUGUUUGCUACAGAAAUGGGGAAGUUAAAUAGAUUAGAGGUUAAUUAAAUAUGAUGGAUGUUGACUGAGUUUAUUCAGGUCUAAAAAGGCUUGAACAAGAUGUCAUUUUCCUGCUCUAAAAGUGUCUAAAAUCCUUUUUUUUCUCAGGGUUUUAUUUAUUUAAUUCUAAAAUACAACAAAAUACAAUACUGCUAAAAAUAUAUUAAAAUAAUCAGCAAAUCAGAGGUUAGUCAUCAAUUAAAAAAAAAUUAAAAACAUUACAGGAAAUGUAUCAGGAUUAUUAUUUAUGUCACUGAUAAAAUAAAGUAAAGAAAUAAGGGAAAUAAUGUCAAAUGAAAUAUAUAAUUACCAAAUAGGACUCCAUCCAUUUUGUCAGCAUCAUUAUUAUAUCCACCCGUUCUUCCCCAAACUUUAUUUCCAAUUCUCAUGUUUAUUUUUUCCAUUUCAUUUCCUUCCAUUUUGAGUUUAUUAAGUUAUCACCUUCAAUCUAUGAAAUGCUUGCUACAAGGAAUGAGUGAGAUAUCUCUAAUUUCCCAAUUAGUCGGCUAAUAAUUGGGUUUUUAUUUAGAGAAAUGCUAAAUAUUUGAUAUAAUAGAUAUGAACCCGACGCCUCCAGACCAACUGUCUGUGGUUUGAAGAAUUGUUUUUUGUACUUCAUAUAUUUUUCCACAGACUUGCAGUUUUCUGAACUCAGUCUCCGUGCGUUUGGAGUAAAGCUAUAAUCCUGAGCGGCACUAAGCUUUCCUUUGAACUCCAAAUCCUCCGCAGUCAGAAACUCUCAGAAACUCUCAGCCUCUGAAACGGCACCAAAACAUUCCCUCUGUUUCUGCAGCCAUCGGAAGUUAUUUCACUAAAAAGCUCAGAAUCUGGUUCAUCUGAGAGCCGGUGUUUUGUUCUGGAUCAGAGAUUAGAUGUGACGUAAGAGAAGCGAGUCUAUCGAUCCAUGCUCAACAAAGAGAGGUGCAGGAAUGAGUCCUAAAACCCUCAAAUGAGUCAGCAUAACAGGUUGUAAAAUGCUGAAAUUAGUCAUCAAAAAGAAGUCCUUAAACCAUGAAAUGAGUCAGCAUAAUGAGUCUUUAAACCCAGAAAUGAGUCAGCAUAAUGAGUCCUUAAACCAUGAAAUGAGUCGGCAUAAUGAGUCUUUAAACCCAGAAAUGAGUCAGCAUAAUGAGUCUUUAAACCCAGAAAUGAGUCAGCAUAAUGAGUCUUUAAACCCAGAAAUGAGUCAGCAUAAUGAGUCCUUAAAACGUGUCAUCAAAAUGAGUCAGCAUAAUGAGUCUUUAAACGCAGAAAUGAGUCAGCAUAAUGAGUCUUUAAACCCAGAAAUGAGUCAGCAUAAUGAGUCUUUAAACCCAGAAAUGAGUCAGCAUAAUGAGUCUUUAAACCCAGAAAUGAGUCGGCAUAAUGAGUCUUUAAACCCUGAAAUGAGUCGGAAUAAUGAGUCCUUAAAACGUGUCAUCAAAAUGAGUCAGCAUAAUGAGUCUUUAAACCCAGAAAUGAGUCAGCAUAAUGAGUCCUUAAAACGUGUCAUCAAAAUGAGUCAGCAUAAUGAGUCUUUAAACGCAGAAAUGAGUCAGCAUAAUGAGUCUUUAAACCCAGAAAUGAGUCAGCAUAAUGAGUCUUUAAACCCAGAAAUGAGUCAGCAUAAUGAGUCUUUAAACCCAGAAAUGAGUCAGCAUAAUGAGUCUUUAAACUCUGAAAUGAGUCAGCAUAAUGAGUCCUUAAAACUCUGAAAUGAGUCAGCAUAAUGAGUCUUUAAACUCUGAAAUGAGUCAGCAUAAUGAGUCUUUAAACUCUGAAACGAAUCAGCUUAUUUAGCCUUAAAACCCGACCUUCUUCUUCUUGGUAAAGAGAGGUGGAGGCGGCACCAAGGGGAGCAAACAAGGACCGAAGCAAACAAAAAAGCGUAGAGUUUCCUCAACAAGAAGAUAAAAAAACGUAAUUUGUGACGAGCCAAAACAAUGCGCCUCGAAGAAACAUCCGUUAAAACCAAUUUAUAUGAAACAUUUCAUCAGAAAGUAUUUAAUCCUCUGUCUGUGGAUAACUGUGUAAUAUACUUAGGCUUUAUUCCUUUUCAUUAAGUUCAUAAAAUGACCUUGUUUCCACCGUCCAGACGCACAUUUAAAACACAUUACGUUCUGCUGCUUUGUUCCAGUUUGAAGACGGCUAACGUACUUUUUAACAGUUUCAUUCCUUUGUUUACUGGGGUUUAGGGUUUAUGUGGGAGGAAAGGCGACAAUAUUUCCCUUCAACAACGACGCAAAAACCACGCCUUUAAAAUCCAGAUAUUUAGUGGAAAAUACUGAAUAAUUCUUCCACUUUUUCUGUGUUUUUCUCCUGAAUUGAGACCAAAAACACUUUUGAUUUAUGUUGCGUUUUAAGGCGCUGUUAUAUUUAAUUGCAUCAUGAUGUCAUUAUUAUGUAUAUUUCCUCGCACUCUUUGCACACUAUCCAAAGCUAAAUCUGCCUUAAAUACUUCCUGUGAAUUCCCUCUUUGUUAGCAUGUAUAAUAGAUGUGUUUUUGUUUGUGUGUCAACAACAAUAACUAUGCAAUGUUUGUGUAAAAAUGUGAUUUGUUUUCCGCCAGUGAGUGCGUUUCCUCGACCUGUCCCACUUGAUUUAGAACAUCAAGUGAAAGGUGAAUCCCAGUGACCUGUGUGGAGAAGUUUGGGGUUUUCCAGCGUCAGACUCAGAGCCGCUGCCCGCUGACUGUCCUCCAACUGAUCACAAUACAGGUUUAAAGAAAUCCUCUCAAAACGCAUCAAACAGACCAAAAAGAAAGGGUUCAAAGGGGAUUGUGUUUAUUUGACGUAUCAAUGUU